AGUUGUGCGGUACCGACUUUCCGUUCGAGUUUUCCUACCAGCAGCAGCAUUACCCUUACCGACAUCGGGUACGACCCACGCGUUCGCAUUCGUAAUUUGUUUGUCUUUGUUGACCCCAUCAUCGUUAAGGGACCCAACUAAGUCAUUUGUUUUUCUUCACUCAUCUUUAGACGGCACCAUUAUAGCAAGCUAGUUUUCGUCAUCCACGGCCUUUUUUCACCCUGCUUUUUACUCGAGUUUCGCACGUAAGAAGCAAAGCGACACAAAGCUGGCGACACUGUCAUAGCGAUUAGUCGAUUGUGCGACAAUUUCUAAUCCUGCAUUUUUCAUCAGUCCUGUUGCACCGAAGAGAGGUGUGACAAAGUUAUCAUGACGUCGAAACAAGGCAGAACAAGAAGUAGUGUUGGGCCCGCCUUGUUGGCCCUCGUGACGGAGUGGAGUGCCCUGCCUCGUGUCCUUCUCUCAUCUGGGGAGCAAGAUGAAGCUGCUCUCGGCUCCACCAUUCUUGGCGUGUCUGGCUAUGUGUGGCCUGACGGCAUGAAGAAAGGUGCACCGGGGGCCCUUGUCAGCCACUCUCAGCGCGAAGUGAGGCGUCGGAAUUUCGCCGGCGGUCGCGGAGCACUGCGGCACGAGCAGCCGGGCAAGUCAGCGUUCUUGGGUGAGGUGAGCAAGACCAGAGACACGACUGCCGUUGCAACUGGAAUUGGGCGUCGGGGCCUGCAUGCGGGAGCGGAUCAUGAGUCGCAUGUUGCCGAUCUUUGCGACGCGCACUUCGGGUCCGGCUUCCUGGAACGGUACAAACACAAUUCGGUCGUGCUUUGUGGGCACUUUUCCUCGGGACGGAACGCCACCGCAUGGUUGCAGUGCAGUGGGCCACACCUGAAUGUCACCGGCAACAAGAUUGAGAAGCUGGGAAUGGGUGCGUAUUGUUGGGGAAGAAACUUGACUUUUGUCAAAGUGCCGGCAGCACGGAGUCAGCCUGGCGACGGCGACGGGCAACCGACGGAUGAAGAUUGGAGCUGGGCCCUGGAGGCGGAUUGCGAGUGGCAGGUGGAUGAGGCUUCUGACUUGGUGUUGCUGAACCGUUUCGCGGCAAAAGAAACUGCCGUACGCAUUCCCAAGAAAAUCAUCGGAGAAGUUUCGCCACCGCACUACGCAGCAGAAAAUGCGCCGGUCCAGGAAAAUUUGAGCGGUGCGCCGGUCCAGGAAAAUGUAAAUGCGAGCGGUGCGCCGGUCCAGGAAAAUUUGUUCGUGUUGAACUAUUUUGACGAUAUCUGGAACCCUUACGAGGGAAUGCCGCAAGCCCUCGCGGUUCAUAUCACGCAGCUGUUGGCGCGUGAGCAGCUGCAACCUCUCGGAGCGGAUGCGCAGCAGCAGCUAUCACACAGAACACAGCUGCGCACAUGGUCAUAUUUGAGUUGUUGCAUAUGUUGCUUCAAAAAUGUAGGUAAAAGAUGUACAUGGAGCCAAUAUUUGUCAUGAUUGGCGAGUCCGUAAGGGUAAAUAACCGUAGCAAAGGCAGUUGUCACGCAACACAGGAGAUCGAUGAUCCUACGACUGGAUAUUGUUUUAUGUUUUCCCGCCAGAGCCCGAAUUUAGAUUUUCCUGUAGGUCACGGGCUCCAAAAAGAGAAAAUAUUUGAUUGAUUCUACAUGUAAGUCACGGAAUAGUCCUGGUGCGCGAGCUGUUCUUUUCUUUUGGAUAGCAUCAUGGACAUGGUCAUGAAAGCACUAACUUGUACACACAGACGCAGUCGAACCACGAGGAUGAGCCACUCCCGUAUGGCAUGUUGCCCAGCUGGAACAAUCUCAACUGCAACUGUUUGCGAUGCAAGAUUCGACCUGGUUAAACAUGUUCGUGCUACCGCACGACUCCGAACCGCCGCUGCGUGGCAAUCCCAUUUUGGUCAAAAAGUUACACAGAGUAGGAGCCGAUAUCUUUAUGUGCCAUUCUUUGCGUCAUGCUAACCUGCAGCACGGCGUACGUAGAAAAGACUAUUGCUUGUUUUUCGCCUUAUUUUUGUUCUAAAUCUGCCUAUGAUCAUGCUUACAGGCAUUGGCAUCUUCAGUUUUAGUUUAAGCAACGGAGUGCAAGAUGCUGUUCCAGUUGAGGUUGGUCCAGUGUUGAGAACGCCAUGACCAUGAGGGCAGUAUUCUCGUCCUGCAGAAAAAAUUUGGAAGCCGUUCGGAAGGUGUCUCGAAGCUGCCCUAUCUUUACCGGCAAAUGCUCGGCGGCAACAACUACAUCCGAGCUGAUACACCCCCGGAGUAUCAGACGGGGCGGGCCGCAGAUCAUCGGGAGGUGGAGGAGCAUCGCCAACAGCAAGCACGAUUCACGGGGAAAAAUGUGUUUUUUGUUGUCGGCUCAGAGGGCGAAGAAGCCUUUGGCCUAGAUUGCAGAUUCCUGAAGGAAAAAUAUCCGGGCCUACCCGAGUGCCAGAGCGGGAGUUCUACUUUAGAUGCCGUAACACAGAACAAGACCGGGGAGUUUCGGCGUUUUAGCAGUUGUCGUGGAAGGGCACCCCUGAUCGAAUCCGCAAGCCGCCGUAUUUUGCAGGUGUUGCACAAACGCGGGCACGAAGCAGAGGGAACGACUGCGACUUCCACAACUGCGAACGGCGGCGUGGGCACGGCGGGUUCCCAGACUACUCGAGGCGGAAAAUGCAACGUCUUGUUUUACAAUCGCCACGACCAUCGGCGCAGGGCUACGAAUCACGAGGAGGCGCGACAGGCCCUGCAAGCCGAGGAAAACGCCUUGGCGUUGGAUGACGGACAGCGCGCAAGCCCCCGCGGGCUCGACGCGUGCAUGGUGGAAGACUUCGAUCCCGAUGUGCUCUCCGUGGAGGAGCAGGUGGAAGCACUCGCGGACGCUCGCCUCAUGAUUGGCCCGCACGGAGCUACAUUCGCUUUGGGCGCCCUGCUCAUGAAGCCCGACAGCUGCUCAGUUGCGGUCGAGAUUUUCGAGGAGGAAUUCAAGGGCGCCCACAACAUUGCGCUCCUUCGGAACGUCACGCACAUCAACUACGUUCCGAGCUGGGGCCCUGCAUGGGGGGACUCAGAAUUCGUGUAUAAUGUACCGGAACUGCAAAACGAAUACAAAAAGUGGCGCGGAAUGGUGCGCAGCUGCUAG